UGAAAUUAUAACGAUCACUUACAUAGAAUUAUAAUGUUGCUUGGGUUUGUUGGUCUGAUAACCGUCCUACGGAUUACCUUGACAGAAGGUGCACCUAGGAUUUCAGAUAUCGUUUCUGAAUCCAGUGAUUCACUAUUCGUAACGUUGCGUUGGAAGCUUCAAGAUCGAGAGAACUGCAAAAACAAAAUACUAGUAUUUAACUUAUAUGGAGAUACAACAAUUAUGCAACUAGCUAAGGGAGAAGAAAUGAAGAUUCCUGGUUUAAAACAUGGGCAAACAUACACUGUAUAUGCUUUCCCAAGUCAUGUGGACAGUGAAACUCACGUUUACAUGAGCGCUCCACAUAGUUUCACAGUAACUGAACUGGAAAGUAUUUAUGCAUUUAAAGUUCUAGCCUCAGUCAACGUUCAUUACAAAGUGUUUACGGCUUGA